AUGUCAUACUUAGAAAAAUUAACUUUAUAUCUUCGUGUACAAGAUCGAGAUACAUUCAUCGGCAGUACUAAUCUUGAAAAUGAAAUUUUUGUUUAUAUGCCACAACUGCAUUCAUUCACUUUUUAUAUUUUUACUUAUCAUAAUACUGUUGAUUUAUUUAAUUAUGUGCCCAGUCAAGAUAAUCAACGAAUUGUUACAAAUAUUAGACAACAACCAAUGACUAGUAGCAUAAAUUAUAUCAGUAGCCGUGCAGCUCUAUGCCAUAUCUUCUCACUUCCUUUUGUAUUUGAUCGCCGCGAAGAUAUUGGCAACAUAUUUUCAGAUACAGUAUUUAAUUAUGUUACUUUUAAAACGUAUUUUCCACAUGAAGUAUUUGAUCAAAUAAUAAAAGGAAGUCUUAGUGUUGAAGAUAUUGAUGUUGUUAGUCAAAAUGCCGUAGCAAAAGCAAAUAAUUUAGAAAAUCAAACAGGUUAUCUUCGUCAUUGA